UUUGCGGGCUAAGGGGGAGAUUUUGUGUGGAGCCAGCUGUGUCAGCCAAGUCGAGCGUGGAUUUGUGCGGCUCGCGUUUCAUUUCGGAAGAGGACAAGCAGAGACCCCGGUAAAGAUGGUUGUGCUGUACAAGGACCUGGCCAAGACGGCGGAGAACGUCCUGCGUGAUGACUACGACUUCUCGCGCAAGCUCAAGAUCAAGAGCAAGGCUUCCAACGGUGUGUCGUUCACGACGGAGGGCGCUCUGAACGCCAACAAGUCGAUCCUUGCCAAGGUCUCCGGUGGCUUCACCCACGGCGCCAGCGGCGUGGUCUUCAAGAAGCUGCAGAUCACUACUCAGGGCCGCGUGGUCACGGAGGCCGAGCUGCCCAACGUUCUGACUGAGGGUCUUAAGCUCACCUUCAAGCUCGAGGACGGCUCUGUUGCUAAGAACACGAGCGCCAAGCAGGUGGGCGUGCUCGGUGCCGAGUACAAGCAGAAGAACCUGGCCGUGAACUCGGAGGCCGACUUCGUGUCCAACACGGUAUCGGCUGCGGCCGUGCUCUCGCAGGGCGGCUUCGCCAUCGGUGGCCAGACCGCCUUCAACGUGGACAAGUCAGCCAUCGUGCAGCACAACGUGGGUGCUAGCUUCACCGGCGCGGACUUCGUCACGACGCUGGUGACCAAGAAGAACUUCGCCGCUGUUCAGGCCUCGUUCCACCACCACCUGUCUCACAACACCGUGUACGCCGCCGUGCUGGACUACGACCUCAAGUCGGCCUCCAACACGCUGGUCGUGGGCGGCCGAUACAAGGUCGACAAUGACACCACGUACUGCGGCAAGAUCGACUCGGAGGGCUUCCUGUCGCUGGCCUCCAUCCAGAAGGUGCGUCCGUAUGUCACGCUGACCACUAGCGUGCACGUGGACGCCAAGAACUUCGAGGGCGACUCGCACAAGUUUGGUCUGGGCUUGACUCUGGGCUAAGCCUGCCGGCCCUGCGAUUGUCUUGCAGAGAUCAGUUUAAAGCUACCUCAAGCGGAGAGAGUCGGGAGGAGAUGCGCCAGAAGAGAGACAUAAGCAAAGAAGAGCACGUUUCUUGUGGAGUACUUACAUAUUGAAGUUUGUUGUUUCGUGGACACCUUGUCUUGACAUCAUGGCCCUCAUCUGCUGCGGCUGCCGCACUAGUCGAUGCUCGAACCUAACAUCUCGGUGGGGUCCUCAAUACCACGAGUAUCAGAGCGCGUGCAACGACACGUAGCACCACAUUUCUGUCACUUCAACAGCACCGGGAAGAGCGAGACUGUCACUUCAACAGCACCGGGAAGAGCGAGAUAAAGUGCCAGCUUGUGUGCGCGUGUAUCUUUAACGCUACUCCUAACAGCAGUCACUGCUACUGCCAGUCUGCCAGUCACCUAAGACGAAUGCGUCAGGUUUGCUUCAACGUAAGCUCCAUCUUAUAUUUUUGUCUCUGCAGAGCUGCCUAUCUACGCCUUCGCUCGCGCUUCGACGUUCGAGCGCCGCUGUUUGCCUACACGCUCCAGGUAAUCAACGAAUGUGAGCUCGUCGCUGUCACCAAAUAGCUGCUUCAUGCGCAUUUCGAGUUGCGACUGGCCGUAGCGCGCAAAGAGGAUGGCCAUGGUGUCAUCUGCGGUAAUGACUCCGCAGUUCUUCUUGUCGUACGUCAUGAACUGGACAACGUUGAAGAGGUUGGCCGGCUCCAGCUCCGUUCUGUCCAGCAGGUUUCGAUUGAACAUGGCGCGCAGUUCCUCCCAGUCCACGACGCCGUCCAGAUUCUCGUCGGCCUCCCAGAUCAUGUCGCCGAUCUCCUUCUUCGAGCACACCUUACCCAACGCUUUAAUGGCCUCGUAAAGAUCUUCAUUCUUGAUCACGCGACUAUGAGCGUUGCUGUUCUGCACCGCAGUUUGGUCGGCGACGGCUUUCUCCAGGCUCUGGUCAACUUUACGUAGCUCGUCCUCGAUCUCAUCACGUGUCAUCUUUGCUCCUUUCUCGUUGAGCAACGCUGACACCUCGGGGUUGUUCUUAUUUGCCUCCAAGCGCUGACGUCGUUCUUUGCAGUCGUUUAUCGUGUGGGCCAAUCUCUUCUUCUGACGGUACGAGCUAAGGUGGUCGAACACCCGUCGCAGCUCUCGCUCCUCCUGGGCGAUCAUGCCCUUGGCGUCAUCGCUUGCCGACAUCAUGGUAGCAAUUCAAAGAGUGCUGUUAGCAACAGAGCAAGUUGCAGGAGUUUGAGAAUGUUUCACAAAUAAACAAAUGCAGGCCUGCUUUGUGGCUAAAUUUUACAUGGGAC